AUGGCCCAAGAAAGCAAAAACGAUAAUCGAGAUCAACCAACGCCCACGACCCGACCCGUCGGCGGCACCGAAUACGGCUGGUGCAAAGCGGUUCCCGGAGGCACCGGCUCCACCGUCCUCAGCCUCCUUCUCUCUAAACCUCCACAAAUCCCUCACCUCCAAAAUGCCCUCCACAAACUCCAAAUUUCCCACCCAAUCCUCCGUUCAAAGAUCCACCUUGACACAACCACCAACACUUUCCACUUCGUAACUCCCCCAGCUCCCCGCGUCCAAAUCGAGCCCUUCGAUCUCCAAUCAACCUCCCAAAUCCUCCAAACGCAAACCAAUGAUCACGAUCUCAUCGACCCCUUCCACGCGCUACUCGAACACGAGAUGAACCGCGACACGUGGCGAGAUCCUGAAGACGGAGACGCCGACGUUAUGUAUGCCAGCACGUACGCGAUUAGCGAUAAACGGUUCGCGUUGUUCCUUCGCCUUCACACGUCGGCUUGCGACCGUGCCGCGGCCGUGGCGCUACUUAAAGAGCUCUUGAGGCUUGUCGCCGGAAGAGGUGGAGGUGAAGCCGGAGAAGUUAAGGAUGAUAAGGUGAAUCUUGCGAUUGAGGAUCUGAUCCCUGAAGGGAAGAAGAAUAAACCGUUUUGGGCUCGUGGAUUUGAUGUGCUUGGUUACUCGCUUAAUGCGUUUAGAUUUUCGAAUUUGAGUUUCGUGAAUGCUGAUUUGCCUCGAAGCUCUAGAAUUGUGAGGCUUCAACUGAAUGCAGAUGAAACCAAGAGUCUGCUAGAUGGAUGCAAAUCAAGAGGAAUUAAACUUUGUGCGGCACUUGCAGCAGCUGGAAUGAUUGCCACAUGGAAAUCUAAGCGCCUUUCUGAUUAUGAAUCAGAAAAAUAUGCUGUAGUAACACUCAUUGACUGUCGCCCACUUCUUGCUCCAGUACUUUCCAGCAGCCAUUGUGGAUUUUACCAUUCUGCGAUUUUAAAUACCCAUGAUGUGUGUGGAGAAACCUUAUGGGAGUUAGCAAAGAGAAGUUACACAUCCUUUGAAAAUGCUUUGUACAACAAUAAGCAUUUCACAGAUAUGUCUGAUCUCAACUUCCUCAUGUGCAAGGCCAUUGAAAACCCUGGUUUGACACCAUCAUCAUCUCUUAGAACUGCACUGGUCUCUGUAUUUGAUGACCUUGUCAUUGAUGAUUCAACUGAAAUGCAUCAAGAGCUUGGAUUGGAAGACUAUUUGGGCUGUGCUUCCGCACAUGGUGUUGGCCCGUCGAUAGCCAUAUUUGACGCCAUACGGAAUGGAAAGUUGGAUUGUACUUGUAUAUACCCUUCACCCCUUCAUUCAAGAGAGCAAAUUCAAGGAUUAGUUGAUCAUAUGAAGAGAAUACUUGUGGAUGGUUGUAAGUAA